CUCAUCUAUAAUUUUUUAUUAGGAAUUAUAUUGGUUAUCAAUAAAUAAGUAAACAAAUAAAAAGCACGUAUUUAGCAAAAGUUUAAUCUGUUAAAGAAAUGGCUCACCUCAUUAAAUAAGUGUCAGAAAAAUUCUAAAAGCUUCAAAAUGAUUUUAGGAGAAAUACCAUAGAAGUAGAUGCUUUUAGUAAGAUUAGCAAAUCAUAGGUCCUUUAAGAUUGUAAGUAAUUUACUAGCGUAUAGUUAAACGAUCGUUAAUGCAGAUAAUUAUUAUCUCAAUUAAUCUAUCUUAUCAACUAAGGAAAUAAGUUCAGUGAUUAAGAGUAGUCAACUUUAUUUUUCUAAGUUACAAGAUUGUUUUAAUCAAACAACAAAGAAUUACGUAGAAUGGUCUACCUCAUGAUCAAAGAAUUCAAAGAUGAAAAAAUGGUCUAUGUUGUCACAUAAUCUUUGAUGAAAGAUAUUACUUCUACUGUUGACUUAUAUAAGAUGAAUGCUUUGAGAAUUAUUCCAGUUGUUUUAGAUCCUUCUAAUCUUAUUUAAGUUGAACGCUACAUCAAAAACGCUAUUCUUGAUAAAAAUACUGCUGUAGCCAGUGCAGCUAUAUUGGCAGCCAUAUAAUUAUUCCCUUAACAUAGUGAAUCUAUGAAAAAAUUAAGCUCUGAUGUAACUGCUGCACUUCAAAACAAUAAAACUUAAUCCACAAUCCAUUUCCACGCCUAAAUUCUACUUCAUGAAAUAAAAAAAUAAGAUAGAAACUCAUACAUUAAGAUUUUGCUUGAAUAGACAAAGGAUGCCAUUGGCAACUCUGGCCACUUCUCUACUAUUUAACUUAUCAGAUUUAUCAAAGAAGUUCUCUUAACAUCUGAGUUGGAUUAGACAACAGAAAGAACAUUUAUUGAUUACUUAACAAGACAAACAAGUAAAACUAAUGAAAUGGUGACUAUUGAAAGUUGCAAGGCUAUUUGUGAACUUAAAAAUAUCUCAAAUAAAGAUUUAACUCAACCAAUAACAGUUUUGGGUAUUUUCUUGGUUGGAAGUAGCACAGUUAACAAAUAUGCUGCCUUGAAGAUUAUGAAUAAGCUUGUAUCUAAUCCUGCUAGAAAAGCUAUCAUCAACAAUAAAACUGAAAUACAAUACCUUCUAACUGAUAAUAACAAGAGUAUUUCUUCUUUAGCUGUUUCCAUCUUGCUUAAAUUGUGUAAUGAAGAUGACAUAGAGAGUUUGCUUAAUUAAAUUUAUGAUAAUCUUUAAGACAUGUCUGAUGAAUUUAAAGUUGACAUACUUAAUUCUGUUAAAGGGCUUGUCAAAUAACUUCCCAAAAAAUAUAGAAUUAUUUUAGUUUUCUUAUUCAAUUGUAUGAAAAACGAAGGAAAUGCUGAUUUCAAAGCAUAAUGCAUUGAUGUUGUAGAAGAUAUUAUUAGACAAUUCCCUGCUGAAGAAGUUAGAGAAUCUAGUUUAUAGGUCUUAUCUGAGUAUAUUGAAGAUUGUUUAGUAAAAAGUUUAUAAUUAAAAUGCUUGAGCAUUAUCAACAAAGAGUCGUCCAAGAAUACUGCUUCUCUUAAAAUGAUUAGACUUAUUAACAACAGAAUUCACUUAGAAGAUUCUGAAGUAAGAGCUGCUGCUGUAGGUACUAUUUCUAAAUUUGCAUCAAAGCAAUAAUCUGUUAGAGAAUAAGUUAUCUAACUCUUGAAACAUGCUUUGAGUGAUCCUGAUGAAGAAGUCAGAGAAAGAGCAUUCUAAAGUAUUAAUAUUUUUAGUGAGCAAGUUAGUUCUUUCUUAGAAGAUAAAGCUAGAGAAGCUUCAACAAUUGAUUUCUAAGAAAUUACAUAUAUAGAAAAAUAUAUUGAAAUGAACAAGCAAAAUAUUGAAGAAUCAGAAGAUAUUGAAGCACUUUCCAAGGAUAAAAUAUAUGAAUUUGCAUAAGCAUAAAAUAUUCAAGCAACAUAAACUUCUGAAAAUUAAGCAUCAACAAAUUAUGAUGAUUUUUCAUCUGAUCCUUCUUAAGACAAGGAAGAAUCUUAAGCUUCUGCUAGUUUACCAGUUAUUAAAAAGGAUAAUGAAUAAUUCUAAAAAUUAGCACAAUAAUUUGCUUCCAGCGCUAUUUUCUAAGGUUAUGGACCUCUCAGACAUAUUUCUAAUGGAGGAGAUCUUACUGACAAAAAUGCUAGUUAUUUAGUAAGCUAUGUCAAAUACUUCUUUGAUGAUUAUGUUGUCUUAGAAUUUUUAGUAAAAAACAAAGCUCAAGACCAAAUUCUUAAAGAUGUGAAGGUUAAGUUAGAUUUAAAUAAUGAAAACAUUCAAGUAGAAAAGAUUGUUGCAGCCACUGAAAUUAAAGAAGAAGAAGCAAGCAAUAUUUUUGUUGCUUUGGCAAGAAACCCUGAAUUUAAAGUUAUUGCUUUCUCUAGCCAAUGCUUCUUAACUUUCUAAGUUUAAGAUAUAGGAGCUAAUGGUAAAGUUAUUUCUGAAUAUGCAGAUGAAUACUAACUAGAUGAUGUCUAAGUAACUAUUUCCGAUCAUUUAACUAAUUGGGAAAUUGGUAAAGGAAAAUACGAAACAGAAUUAAAUUAUUUAGAAGGAGAAGUUGCUACAUAAAAGUUUAAAUUAUCAUACAAGAGUAUUGAUUUUGCUAUCUAAGAAAUUAUUAAGCACUUCAGUGUAAGCGUAUGUGAUGGAACAAAUCACAUUCCUCAAGUUCAAACAGAAAAAUUCCAUACUCUUAAACUAGCUGGUAAAUACUUAGAUAAAGAAAAGUUCUUAUUAAGCUGCAUGAUAGCUAUGGAUGCUAAAUAAGGUUGCUUCUUACAAAUGAAUGUUAAGAGCGCAGACGAAGAAUUAAACUAAGAUCUUAUAAAUACUUUCAAUAACUGAAAGUACUGUAAUUUAUUACUGAUUUAUUUGAAGAUAGAUGAUAUUAGUUUGAUUAAUUCACAAAUUGUAUGUUAUCUCUUCAUAUUAUAAAUUUUGUAAAUUAUAAAAUAGUUUAAAAAAACUACAACCAAAUCAAAUUAAAUUUAUUUGAAUAAAAAAUAAAUAACAUAAACGAACUAAUGAAUUAAAAGUGACAAGCAAAAAUUUUUAAUUUUAAAUAAAUUUUAUUUCUUUUUUAAAACUAAAUUUUUUAUUUCUUGAAAUAAUUUUAAGAAUUUUUAUAUAUUAUUUAUUUAAUAUUAAAAUAUGUAUUUUUAACACAUAUUUUUAUUUUGAAUUAUUAAUUCAACCAUUUCCUCUUCUUUUAGACAGACGCCAAGCUUCGUUAUCACCACUUUUAGUUGAGAGUGAUUCAAGCUUUUCAGCCUUUUUAGCUUUUGAUAAUACAUGAGGGUUUACGUUUUAAAAGAAAUUCGGUGCAACUUCAACAAGCCACUUUGGUUCUAUUGUGGAAAUAUUUCUCAUAUAUUCUUUAGUUGUCAAAACUAAUUCGUGAUAAACUACCCAAUCCGGCUGCUUCUAAAAAAGUGCAGAUGUAGGAUGUAUGUUAACAGUAUGAUUAUCUAUGAUAGUUUUGUAUCCUUCGUUACGAUCUUUUUUUGCUGCAUGAUUAAAGAAGCCUGCACAUAUAGCCUUACGGAUUUUGGCAUAAUUUUUACCACACGAUUAAACAGGUAAAUGAUAGCGGUCCAUGAUACCUAUCAACUGUUUACGAAUAUCUUGUGCUCUUUUUAUUGUUCUAGAAUCUAUGAAAUUCUCAUGACACCAAAUAUUUGAAAAAUUGUUUGAUUUCCAAGCUUCGUAUACAGUCAAAAGAGUUAAGUGGUCUCCAUCUUAAUGAUGAAAUUUAGCACGACGCUGGUCAGCUUGUUAUUUUUUAUCUUUUGGACAGAAAAAUACAUUUUAAACUGACAACAUAGCAAUAAUAGUAGCUAUUUCAUCUGAACAUCCAAGAUCAACACUUGUUAUAAGCAUUUUAGAGAGAGGUGGUUCUAAAGGAAAUUCGGCCAUUUUCAAACCGAGACGUGUAAGGAGACCUUCAUCAUCCAAACAACCUAAAGUGUAAAGAUGUUCUAAAGCAGAAAUCAAAGUUUGAAUAGGAGGAGGAUCCAUAAAAUCGAAGUUGAUUAAAUCAUUAAUACCCAUUGCCUUUAAAAGUAAAACCGUGUUUGCUAAGUUUGUACGCUGAAUUUCAGGUAUACUUGUUGGGAGCAUUUCAUUUUUGAAAGCAUCUUCAGUAUAAAGACGGAAACAUUUACCAGGACCUGUACGACCUGCACGACCCUAACGUUAUUUCGCUGAAGCCUAUGAAAUUGGUGCAACAAUCAAGGAAUCCAUACCAAGUUUUGGAUUGUAAACUUUAAUUUUUGCAAAUCCUGGAUCUACGACAUAGUAAAUACCAUCGAUGGUAAGAGAUGCUUCUGCAAUAUUAGUUGAUAUAAUACAUUUACGUUUUCCCUCAGGAGUAGGAAGGAAAAUUCUAUUCUAUAGUUCAUUAGGCAAACCAGCAUAAAGAGGUAAUAUAAUAAGUUCAGGUGCAUCUGGACCUAAGUUCUUCAUACGCUAGAAUAAUAUUUAGCAUGCAUUAUCAAUUUCUUCUUGACCUGUUAAGAAAAGGAGAAUAUCGCCAGGAGGUUCAUGCAAGUGAAUUUGCAUGAUUACAAUUAAAGAAGCUUCAACAUAAUCCUAUUCAGGUUCUACAGAGUAGAGGACAUCGACUUUGAAGGUACGACCUGGUACACGGAAAACUUAGCAAUCAAAGAAAUAAUUAGAGAAUUUUGCAGCAUCAAGGGUAGCGGAAGUAAUAAUCAAAUGAAAAUCUUUUCUUUUCUUAGCUACUUUCUUAAGUAAACCAAAAAGAACAUCUGUAUUUAGCUAUCUUUCAUGUGCUUCAUCGAGCAUAAUAACUGAGUAGUUGCUUAGUUCUGUGUCAAGCAAGGCCUCACGAAGAAGCAUACCAUCAGUCAUAUAUUUAAUUACUGUAGAAGCAGAUGUACAAUCUUCAAAACGUAUUGAAUAACCUACUUCUUCACCAAGUACUACACCCAUUUCUUCAGAAACACGCUUAGCAACACUCAUAGCUGCAACACGACGAGGUUAGGUACACCCAAUUUUCUUACCACUCUUACAAAAGCCUGCUUCUAAGAGAUACUAUGUCAUUUAAGUUGUUUUUCCUGAACCGGUUUCACCAAUAACAAUAAGAAUUUAAUUAUUAAUGCAAGCUUUGAUAAGUUAUUCCUUAUAUUAAUAGAUAGGAAGAGAUUCUUUUUACUCCUUGAUUGUCAUAGUUUAUUUUGGUUUGUUAGAGUUGUUGAGAGCAGCCUUAAACAUUGCUUCUUUUUUAAAUUCUGGAAUUUCCGAUGUUUAAGCAUCUCCCAACUUCUUUAAAUUACUUAAAAGGAAAAUAGAUUCUGCAGUAGGAUCUAAAUUCAUUUUUUAGAGUUCUUAUUUGUUAAUACUAUCUACCAAAGCAUUGUUUUGCUAAAUACGAAUUUCUCUUCUAUCUUUUGCUUGUUAAACUGCAUUAAGUGCUUGUCUACUCAAAGAGCCAUUCUAGUUUUUAGUAACUCUAAUAGGAGAUAAGUUUACUCCUGCCUUUGUUGUCGUAUCUUUUAAGAAGGGAGUUUCGUUCUCACGAAUUUCAACUUCAACAUCUUCAUCUUCUGAACAACCUUCAUCUAAAUCUAUUUCGCCUUUAUCAAUACCCAAAUGUUUACUGGAAUAGUAUUCUGCUUACUUACGUUCCCACUUUUCUUAAGAACUUUCUCUGAUUCUCUUUUUAUUUUUUUCCUCUUUAUCUUCAAGUAGAAUACCUGUUAGAGCACCGAACUUUGAAUUUUAAUUUGAUUUGAUAAUAUCAUCUUUAUCUAACACACCAAAUGCCUUCUUUUCUUUCUACUCAAGAGGGUCAUACUUGAGAGAUUAGGAUUCCUCAUAUCGUAUUUUUUGUUCAAACUUAUCUAAACCAGUUAUUUAAUCAACAUCUUUCAUACUCAAACUAAUUUUGUUUCCUAUCACACUUAUUACUUUUACUUUUACUCUUUAUCCAAUUCUCGCUACUUCUUAAAUAUUUCCAACUCUUUUGCUUGAAAGCUAGCUAAUGUGAACCAAACCUUCUUUACGCCCUCCAACAUUUUCUAAUGUUACAAAACAACCAAAUUCACUUAUUUUAGAAACAACUCCAUCUAAAAUUGAGUCCUUUUCAACUUCUUAUCUCUUGAAUUGCUAACGAGUUUGCUUUUCUUAUGAUCUGCUGCGAGAACUAUUUUCUCUACCCUUUUUCUCUCUGAGUGGUGAAUUCGAAUCUCUCUAAUAUUUUUUUCUAUGAUCUUUUUUUGCAUCAGGGGAAUCCCUUUUUUUCUUUUUUUCAUGAGAUUUAGAGCGUGAACGACGACUUUUCUUUUCUUUUGAAUAAGAGCGAUUUUUUUUUUCUUUUGACCUACUUCUAGAGUAUUUCUUCUUACUUUUACCUUAUGAGCGACUUCUAGACCUUCUUUUACUUUUUUCCUUUUUAUGAGACUUGCUUCUGCUUCUUGAAUGCUUGCUACUUUUUUUUCUACUGAUUUCUUUAUUUGAAGUCUCUUUUUCUUUUUCUUAUCUUGCAUCAAUAUUAGUCGGCUUUGGAUCGAAUUUACUACUAUUUUUGUCCACUUUUUACUCUGGUUAAGGUUAAUCCAGAUCUAUUUCAUCUCUCUAUGCAAGAGCUGGGAAAAUUUUAGCAUAUUGCUUUCUCUUUUCUAGUUCUUGUCUUUUUAAUUCAUUCUAUUCUUCAUCACUAUCUUCAUUUUCAUAAUUUUCAUCUCUUUUAACCUUUUCUUUUUGCUUGAUAUCCUCUUUUUCGAUUUCAAUAUCAAUUUUUUAUGGAUCUCCUGCAGAAAAUUUAUUUUUCUUGUCCUCAAGUUAUUUAUUUUAUGCUUGAAGAUCAACUUUCGGUUUAAUUAAGCUCUACUUUGACUUAAUCAAUUUAUAUAAACUAGAAAUAAAUUAGUCUGAUAAUUCUGCAUCAUCUUUAAUAUUUUCAGCAAACUAUUGCUCAGUAUCUGAUUCAAAUGCUUAAUCUAUAAAAUAAUCUACUAAAUCUUUAUCCUAAAUUCCUAGUUGUGUUUUCAGCUGUUGCAUAACCUGCUAGCUGAGAAGGACAUACUAUAAAUUAGAAGCCAUUUCCCUUUUUUAUAUUUAUACAGAUUAAAAAAUAAAUUAAUUAUUAAAAAAUUUAAGUUUAGUGUCUAGUAUGAAUUAAUAAAAAUAUAAUAAUCUUUUU